AUGGUGAUUGAAACGGAGGCGCAAAUGGGCCCUGUGAGGGUGUCUCUGUCCAUCUGGCUUCCCGGCGCGCCAAACAAGUCAGUCCCCACGACUGAGGUGGAAGAGCAUCUCGUCUGGAGCAAUCCGCAAAUACCUCUGGGUCUCUCGGUAUGA